AAACCUGGCAUGACGUACAUGUUUUAAUCUAUGGCAUUACACGUCAUUUAUUAAACACCAAACUUUAGGAAACAAAAAACUUUUUUGGAUAAAUAAAUUUGGACUACUUAAAAAGAAAAUAUGAGUAAGUCGCAACAAGAAGAUGAGUCUGAGCUUACCCUAUUUUACGCCCGCAAUGAGUAUUACAUUGGUAACUUCAGGGGCUCCCUAGGCUUUGUGCUGCCGGAUCUAAGCGUAGCUAGUACUGAGCUGUUAUCAUAUAUGUAUCUUUCUUAUUUAGCAAUUGACUCAGGUCAUGUGAUUGUCAACGACAUUAAAGAAAAUAAUAAAACUGCGUUAUUAGCAAUACGUUACAUAUAUGAGGCAUUCGAAGAUUCAACACGUAUUGAUGACAUAUUGACGAAAUUAACUGAUAACUUGACCAGUAGUGAAGAGGAUACAAAUAUCUGGCGCAUGGCAACAGCUAUAGUAUUCUGUUCUUGUGAUCAGUUUGAAAAUGCUUUAAAAAUUUUGCACGGAUCAAAUAAUUUGGAGGCAAUGGCAAUUUCUGUACAAUGUUUUUUGUAUUUAAAUCGUAUAGACUUAGCUAAAACGACUGUUGCAAAAAUGCAAGAAUUAUCGGAUGAUGCUACCUUAACACAGUUGGCUCAAGCUUGGGUGGCGAUUAGUUUGGGUACAGAACAAAUGCAAGAUGCCUUUCAUAUAUAUCAGGAAUUUAGUGAAAAAUUCAAACUAACACCUUUGUUGUUGAAUGGUCAGGCUGUUGUGCAGAUUGGUUUGGAGCGCUAUGAAGAAGCAGAAGCUGCACUUCGGGAUGCCUUAACUAAAAAGCACGACGACUACGAUACGUUAAUUAACAUGAUGGUGUUAUCACAUUUGGCUGGAAAAUCUCAAGAAGUUAUUGGACGCUACUGGGAGCAACUGAAGCAGUUCCAUCCUAAGAAUGAGUUUGUUGUAGAUCUAGACGAGAAAUCUUCGGAGUUUGACAAACUAUGUUUAGAGUACUCCAUGAGUACGAAGCAAAGCGCCAUUAAAGGUUAAUUUGAGAUAUAUUUCAAUAUUAUUAUUUACAAAUGUAUAAAUAUUCUAAAACUAAACGUCACUUUUAAGUCGAAAUUGUGUACGCAAAUACAUUUAUUUGAUUUGUUAAUGCGAAUUAUAAACUGUUUUAAUGUGGAAAACUUAAAUUAAGAUCGAAAACAAUGUUAUCCCAGCAUCCGAGUCGGUG